CAUCGUUCGCGCUAUCCGUGACCAUAUGGACUUUUUGAUGUGAUCCACGUUAAUAACACCGCUAGGAAAUCAUCCCAUAAGCCGAUUUCUUUUAAUAAAUGGAAAGUCACCGUCUGCAAGCUUGUGGGACUGAAAGUAGUAGCUUUUUGCAAGAGCUUUCAGAACCUAGCGGUUGCAGUUACAUAAGUAGCCCCCAUAUUCAGCCAACUGCGUAUCCCGACAGCGGGUUUCUUACUCCUGCAGUUUUGUGUCCCGAAGACAAUCCGUCUACGAUGCCAUCAAGCUUACCUGAUCCAAAGAGUCACUGUAUGUCAUCGCCUUCGUACCCUCCGACUACGGGCCCAGCAUGGAAUUUCGCACAGUCUCGUGUUAACCCUUAUGUUUCAUCGGCUCUUCCCCAGCGUAAUAAUCCAUGUUGGACAGGUACUGCUGGUUAUUCCCAGGUCUACCACCCAUCCUCCCCAUGUCCACCAUACGGUGAUUUCCCUCAGAAAUCCACCCACCUCCAACUCGCUCCACCCGUUUCUCGGCCAUACGGCUCAGAUGGUGCGGCACCUACUGCCGAUGGUCGUUCACGUGUGGCCGACAGGAUGACUCCGUGUGUAAAUGAAAAACCCCAAGUGGUCGUUCGUCAGAGCAACUCAGCAUACGGUUCCGUGCCGGGCGGUGACCACAAAAUUGUUUUUUCUACUCAGGACACUCACUCCCAGCGGCUUACCGACGGGCAGUCUUUUCCUGCUUACACGUCCGAAGAUGAAGCUACAAGGAUACAUGAGCGUCUGUCAUUUAUUCACCAGUCGUCGACUUUAUCGGCCGCUGCUCAACAAGAAAGUCAAUUUUUGAGGGAACGGUUAAAAGUAUUGGGUGCAAACAAAUCUUCCACAGCCUAUGCUAAUCCCAUUAAUAACCCUGGGGGUCAUAGUGGAGCCCCUCUCGGCAGUCACAUGUAUCCAUUUUCCGCUUUCGAAACAGCUCCCACGCACCCUAACCAGUCAAGCCCUCCUCCGGUAACAUGCGCUGAGCAUUUGGUGCGUCAAGUUGAACAAAAUCAAGCGUUUUCAUCGGCAUCCCAGUCAUUUCCAUCCAGUGACACUCACAAACCCCCUACCCAUACGCUUGUGGAUAAUGGGCUGGCUUGCGUGAAUAUGCCGCAAGCCUGCUACGGGCCACCUGCUUUUAUCGAUGUGAAUGUGAGUAUAGCUGGAACAUGCGCCGAACAGACAUCUACUUAUGUCGAAGCAGAUGGUACACAAUCCCUUCCUAUCGGUGCUCAAAUGAGAGAUCAUCCCAUGCCGAUACAAGAGGUCCCUGUAGGCGGGACUUGUCAAAAACUGCAAGAGACUUCCAUCUCCAAUCCAGUAAUAUCCACCAUUCCUCCUUCAAUGCUCAAUUGUGACUUGCAAAAGUGUACUUCAGGACAUUCCAUGAACGACAGCCUCCCACCUAAGCCUCACCGACCUAGCCUAGCCAGUUUCACUCACAGCACAUGCCCAUCCACUCCUGGUGCGACGGUUCCUAUUUCCCCUGCACCUUCCCCGGCAGUGUUUACUCACACACUUCACGAUGGUUCCAGUCCUACGGCUGUACCAUCUGUCGGUCGUGAUCCUGUGCCCAUCCAUUCCUUUUCGACUUCUGACAACCCUCCACCAGUUCCCUCAGCAUGUGUCAGUCAGUCUCCGGUUCUUUCUGGUCGGUCCACCCUUCAUUAUAGACAGUCAAGCAGCACCCAACAACCUUCGCAUUUCGCCGCCCCAUUUACUAGCACCUCUGCCGAUUGUAAUAUUACGCCUUCCCAACUGAGAAACGGACCCGGACUUCAGAACGCCCAAUCCCCAUACCACUCCUCAAGACAUCCUUUCUUGGGUCAUCAAAUGUCACCGAUCGAUAGUCCUGCUGCUGCUUAUCAGUAUAAUAAAUACCAGCCCCAUUAUAGUUCUACGGCUUCUACUGGGCUCUAUUCAUCCGCGACGGGUUACAUUGAUCAACACUUACAGCCGAUCUCGGCGAUACCACCCAACACGGUAGUCCCGGCGCAGUGUGGCCCAACCUCUGCUCGUUUUGAGGGUGACAGAUGUAAUGGCACUGUUGCGCUGGAUCUUCCGCCGUCUUUUCCACCUAUCCUUCCAAAAACCUCGCCUUCGCCAACCAAGAGGGACCACAAUUCUUCCCGAAAAGAUUCUCCUUUGGAUCGUCAGGCUCGCAAUGAGCGCCGAAGACAGCAACGGCUUCGGAAAAAGCAGGCAGAGGCUGCAACUUACUCUUCUGAUGUACCAGACACCGAAACAGCCAUCGGGACGGAUUCCGCUGUUAGCAGGGUGCUGAAUUCACCCAAACCACCCCGCGCAAGACCUCGUAAGGUAGCACGAAACGCUUCUGGCGCGGACCUGACCGAUGUGGAGGCAGCUGUUAUUGUUAAAAGCGACGCGGUGACACUUCCUGGCGAUGAAACCUCAGUGGAAGAGGAUCCUUCUAAAACCCCACCGUCACUUAGUAAGAAACGGAAAAGCUCUGCCCGGACAAUUCAACCAAGGCAGCAACAGAAAAAUGCUCCAAAAUUGGAGGGUAUUGCCCAAAACGCCGCCGAUGCUCCGCCAAAUUUAAACGAGUCUUUGGAUUCAACCCGAGAUCUGUCGCCCACUAAUGAAUCAACUAGUGAGGUUCCAGUUUCUUCGGAACUCACGAAACAACCAAAGGUUAUACGGACAAGACCCCCGAGACCGAAAAAGAGAAAACCCCUUCCAACGCUUAUACGGAAGAAGAAACGGUCCAAUUUUUAUGGAGAUGAGUCUGAUUCCGAACCUGACAUAUCUGUUCGACUUGGCGGCAGCGGUAGAGGUUUGGAUGGUAAAACUGAUCUGUCAGCAAACACCGACCAUCUCUCAAUGGGACAGAAACGACGGUCCGAGAGACACACUGGGGAUCGAAAGAGAUAUACUGUGGAUUUGGAGUUGAACCUAUCAGAUGAUGACUCUGAUGGUGAUGGAGAUCUUGCGACUCUGAACGCGAGCGGUGCAACGGCUAUGGUGGAGGAAAACGAAAUAAAAAUAGUCGAAUCGGUAUUGGGUCGUCGAACCACCAAACGAGUUGUGAAGAAGGUAACAACUUUACCCAGUAACAGCAACGGGGAUGCAUUAUCGCCGUCUAAUCAGACCGAUCACAAAACGCUACCGCUGGAUCAGUCGAAAGUACCUAGACUUGGCAACCUGACAGUACCUCAGACUUCGUGCCUUCCUCGGGUGGCAUGGCAACUAUGUACACAAAGAGCGUUAAUUGUUUUACAUCAUAACUCUGUUACUGUGUAUAUCCCCGAACAUUUCUUUCAGGCUAUGGUGGAGGAAAACGAAAUAAAAAUAGUCGAAUCGGUAUUGGGUCGUCGAACCACCAAACGAGUUGUGAAGAAGGUAACAACUUUACCCAGUAACAGCAACGGGGAUGCAUUAUCGCCGUCUAAUCAGACCGAUCACAAAACGCUACCGCUGGAUCAGUCGAAAGUAGAUGUGGAGGAAGAGGAAGAAGAGGAUGUUGAAGAAUUCUACCUCAAAUACAAAGGCUAUUUUUGGCGUGUGAAUGACCCAGAACCCUUAUGCUCUUUUUUGGUAAGCUCCUAUCUUCAUUGUGAGUGGCGAGCUCUCGAUGAAAUAGACGAUCCACGCAUACGCCCCAAGUUACGCCGUUUUGAAAUGAAGCAAGCUCACGCUGUUCAACAGGAGGAUGAUGACGUCGUUCUUUUCAAUCCCGACUAUGUCGAAGUGGAACGCGUCCUGGAUAUGAAAGUCUACAGGAACGGUCAACUAGUUUGCUCUGAUCAACUGCGCCAAGAAGUUGAGCGCGAGUCGAUUUCCGAUCUGGUUGAAAUGCGCAGGCAGCGUAAGCGUGAACGUGAACGUAAUCGGGCUCGAGCGUUGCGUGAGGCCAAGGCGAAAGCCAAACUUCAGUUGGAAGCGGCUUCAUCUAAUCAGCCUCCCUCUUCACGGUCCAAUGGAUUGGCUGAAGAGAGUAUCGGGUCUGUCGCCCUGUCUGGUCCAGGGGAACAAAAGGUCUUAGGUGUCUUAUCGGAGGCCAGUGUUGCCUCUGUUGACGAUGAGAAGGAACAAACACCCUCUCGCGCCUCUUCAGAGGAACGUACAAGUUUACCGGAACCAACGGUAUUGCAAAACGAAACCAGCACAAAUGCCCCAGAUUCUGUGGGUUCCAGUCAACCAUCGGACUCGACAAUAGUUGGUGACAAUGUUCCUUCGGAUUUCACUGCCAAAAGUGACGAAGUGACUCUCACAAAUGUGACGUCCAGUCCAAACACCACGCUACCCGAGCUAAAGAAUGAGGAAGAGGAAUGCUCUGAGCAGGGCGAUGGUGAAAGGUCGCCCGUCACCGUGACUUAUUAUCUUGUGAAGUGGCGCUCCCUAGCCUACGAAGAUGCUACUUGGGAGCUUGCCCAAGAUGUUGACCCGGCUAAAGUGAAAGAAUUCAUCAAAUGGCGCACACCUCCAAAAAUUGCCCCUACUGCUCGUGAUAGCGACUAUAAGAUUAUUCGACCGGAUCCAUCAACAUGGCGGCCGAUAGAAGCCGUCAAGGUAUACAAGAACAACAACAAACUUCGUGAUUACCAAUUGGAAGGCGUUAACUGGCUAACCUAUUGCUGGUUCCACCAUCGCAACUGCAUCUUAGCAGACGAGAUGGGUUUAGGAAAAACGGUCCAGAGUGUCGCGUUUCUACUAGAACUUGAGAAAGCCGGUGUUCGUGGUCCGUUUCUUGUGAUCGUUCCACUAUCCACGGUGGCCAAUUGGCAGCGCGAGUUUGAGAACUGGUCAGAUUUCAACGUGGUCGUCUAUCACGGAAGCAGCAUCAGUCGUAAUAUGAUUCAGGAGUACGAGAUCUUCUACAAGCGUCGUCCGAAUGAUACGGCUGUUCGGCAUGAUGUUUAUAAAUUUCAUGCGUUGGUCACAACGUUUGAAGUUCUCAUGACAGACAUUGAGUUUUUCGGUCAGGUCCAUUGGGCUGCCGCUGUCAUUGAUGAAGCGCAUCGACUGAAGAACAAAAAGUGUAAACUAGGCGAAGGUUUACGCUACCUGGAGCUGGACCACCGUGUUCUCCUCACUGGCACACCACUUCAGAACAAUGUAGAAGAGCUGUUUGGCCUCCUGAAUUUUCUUGAACCCGAGAGGUUUAACUGUUCUUCGUCUUUUGUUGCCGAAUACGGAGAUCUAAAAACAGAGGAGCAAGUCGAGAAUCUCAAGACUCUGCUUAAACCGAUGAUGCUGCGCCGACUGAAGGAGGACGUGGAAAAAAGCCUCGCACCCAAAGAAGAAACGAUUGUGGAGGCAAGCUUCCUUUUUUAUUUCCUAGUAUCCCGGCUUUUGUUCUUGAUACCUAUAUCGCUCUUGUCGGAGUGUACUUAUUGUAACGUUAUUCGGCCCAAAUGGAGACUUACAGAAGCGUCAAUGUGGUCGAUGUGUGUGGUCCUAAAAACUCAGCAUAUGUUAACUACUCGGUUCCCAAGAUCUCUUUGUGUCGCUGAGCGCACCAUCAUCAUUUCCGAUCAACCGGUUUCAGAAGAGUCCACGACAUUCCAUGCACUUGUCUAUGCAUCAGGAAAGCUUGUUCUUAUCCACAAGCUGCUACCCAAACUCCGAGCUAACGGACACAAAGUCCUCAUCUUCUCACAAAUGAUUAGAGUGCUGGACAUUUUGGAAGACUUUUUAAUUCAUCAACGAUAUCCUUUCGAGCGAAUUGAUGGCCGUAUUCAUGGUCCCCUGCGGCAGGAGGCAAUUGAUCGAUUUACCGCCGAUCCGGACAAGUUUGUUUUCCUACUUUGCACCAAAGCCGGUGGGCUCGGUAUCAACCUCACGGCUGCAGACGUGGUGAUCAUCUACGAUUCAGAUUGGAAUCCACAAAACGACCUGCAAGCUCAGGCUCGAUGUCAUCGUAUCGGUCAGCAGAAAAUGGUGAAAGUUUACCGGUUGAUUACACGGAACACAUACGAACGUGAGAUGUUCGAUCGGGCCUCGUUGAAACUUGGUCUGGACCGCGCAGUCCUCCAAUCCAUGGGCAGCAAGGAGGCCAGACAGGUCAAAUUCCAGCAGGUGAUCGUUGGGACAGCAUCCUCAGGGAGGAAGUUUCUAGAAGCUCAAAUGAGCAAGAAGGAAAUAGAAGAGCUACUGAAAAAAGGCGCUUAUGGUGCCUUAAUGGAUGAUGACAAGGCGGGUGAAGAUUUUUGUGAGGAGGAUAUCGACCAGAUUCUGCAAUCGCGGUCACGCGUUGUUCAGUUGGAGCAGGGCGAAAAGAAUUCGACGUUUUCUAAGGUAAGUAGAAACCUAAGUGAUAAUGCUGUUCCUAUACUGUUGGCUACGUUUUCUAUCUCGGACAACCGUAGUGACAUCGAACUGGAUGAUCCUAAUUUCUGGCAGAAAUGGGCAAAGAAAGCGGGCGUGGAUGAGAAUGCGGGGACGGUAAAGGAUCUCAUUAUGAAAACUCCCCGUCAACGCAGACAAACCUCUCGCUAUUCUGCACUGUCCGAAUCAGCACCCGUGGCUGCAAGCCCCCCUAGUUAUGGUACCUCCGAACCAGAGGACAGCGCAACUGCCCAAAGUUCCGCUGACGAAAAUACCAUUUCCGGUGGUGGCAGUGGUAGUGGUCGAGGACGUUGGCGUCGAUGUCGUCGACAAAAGCGUCAUUCCAAAAUUUCGCGCAAUCUAAGCUCCGGGCGUCGUGACAGCGUAGCAUCUAUGUCUGGUGAUUUUCACGGUGUCGACGUCACAGACUCCAUGAAAAUUGAGCCAUUGGACCGAGCUGACUUGUUCCGUGUGGAAAGAUGCUUGUUAACAUGGCCCUGGGGGCGCUGGGAAAGGGGGUUAUCCACGGUUCCCUUUAAACGACAGCUCGAACCAACUGAACUGGCCUACUUCGCCAGUGCAGUGCUGGCUUUUGCCUUCAAGUUUUUGCCACCUGCAGCUGAUACACGUAUUCGUGCAACGAUAGUUGAGUUGACUCGUCCCAAAGUUUGGAAUUUUGGCAUCAUUGAGCUGGCAAAAAUCGUAGCCAAGGCAACCAAAAGAGCCAGUCGCGGUUACAGAAUUUUGGAUCCAGCUCGUGGUGAUUCAUUCACAAAGGAAGCUUCUGAAUGCAACUUGGCUCCCUCCGGUUCUUGUAUUUUGGACAACGCAGCAGACUCUCCAUCCACAAUAGACGCUCCCGCCACUCCUUCCUUGUCACACGGUUGCUUGGCUGAGAUUGUAGACAGCGUAACUGCAUCGGAGACGGAAUUUAAGAGCGAAGAAUCGAGGAAAGAACCUCCCGCAGAAGUUGAGGCGCCAUUUGAGCAGAAGACCGAGCUGAUACCCGAGCGACAUUCGCGAUCUCCAAGUUGCGCAGAUGGUGAUUCGGACAAAGAAAUGGACAGUGUGCAACCUCUUAGGAUCCAGGCGGAUGAAUGUGUUGAUUCUGAGAAGGAUGGCAAAGAUAACGAGCGUGAUGCAGCGGAAAAGAUAGUUGAUGCUAGUUCUGAGUGUGCCACCACCGCUAAAACACCCAAUAUCCAGAAUGACUCCCCAAAAACUGCUUCGUUUGACCCUGACGUGCUUGUAUCGUGCGACAGUUUCCGAAAGCACCUACGUCGUCACAGCGUAAGGUUGAUGAAUCGUGUCGCCUUUCUGUUCUUUCUACAAUGUGAAGUUAUUGGUGUGGAUUCAUCUACCGAACUGAUGGCCGGUCGGCUUGCCCACACCGAUUUUGCCGAACUUGCUGCUAGCCUCCCUCCACUUGAGGCCAUCGACUCUGAGCUGCCGACCGCAUGGUGGGAUUCCUGUUGCGAUAAAUGCCUAUUGUUAGGUAUUUUGAAACAUGGAUGGGAAAAGUAUACGUUAAUGCGCUUGGAUCCAGAUUUGUGUUUCUACUCUCGAGCUAUGACCCGGUUGAAUGAGCUAGAAGCCGCAGAAGCCACGAACACUGAUGUAAAGAUGGAGGUAGACAAAUCGAAAACGUCACCCUCGUUACCCUCUCCUGCACUAGUCGAAAAGGUUCAAUCUCUAGCCGAGAUGGCUCCCCACAAAUCGGACGAUGAGGCAACUUCUGAAGCUAGACUGGAUGAGGAUACAUGUAAAGAGUCGGAAGGUACAAAGGCAGUUAAACCGGAGGAUGGGCUCGCAUCCGACGAACUGGAAGAGAACAAAGCGAAAGCGAAAUUCCAUUUGACACCACCCGGGAGUCCAGCGGACGAUUGUGUCGACGAGCAGUCUAAGGUUACUAAAGAGGAUGAAGAAGAUGAGGAUGCGGCUGUUGGAGCUUCUUCCGAGGCUUUGCUCACCGCCCUCCCCUUCCCUGCAGUAGCCGAUCUUAACAGUCGUGCGCGAAAAUUGGUGUCGUUCUUUGUACGAAUCAAGAACCAAUUGGAGUUUGACACCUAUAGGCAACUGCCGACCGAUGAGGAGGAAGAAUCACCCACACAAACGCCGAAUAUUCGACUGAUGGAAAAUAGGACGAUAAAAUGGACUCGUCGUGAAGAAGCCGACUUUUACCGGGUUGUGUCAAGUUUCGGAGUUGAAUUCACCCAGAUCCCCUUGUCCGACUCGGAUAACCCUGAAGGCGCGGUACCACCACCCGUGAAGCGCCGAUACAACUGGUACAACUUCCGGCAACUAGCCAACAUCACACGCAAAAAUGACGAUGCUCUCACGGAAUAUUUCCAAGCCUUCUAUCGAAUGUGUCAACGUGUGUGCAAGAAGGUGCCCACAGAAUUCGUUGCACCCAUGUCGACUGCGGCGACCACUACCACUUACGGUUCAAGUCCGCUGGGGUCUGAGGUUCCUGUGGCUCCCAUAUCUGAAGAACGGGCUACCCGUUGCCUAUCCAGAAUCGACCUGCUUGCUCGUAUUCGGAAUGACAUUCUUCCUCUUCCACAUCUAAAGGAUCGCUUGAAGAUAUGUCAGCGCAGCUCUGAAAUUCCAAGUUGGUGGAUUCCUGGAAAACAUGAUGGUGAACUAAUGCGUGCAGUGGCUAAACACGGACUCGCGCGUACAGACCUGAAUAUUCUCUCUGAUCCGGAGUUCAGUUUUUCUCGCAUACUCACUUUAAUCCGGGAACGAUUGUCUCGUGACUCCGCAGUUACAGAGUACACUGGAGAUCUGGCUGCUAAUACCACUCGUCCAAACCUCGUUGCAGCAGCCGCCGCUGCAGCGAAAGCCGUCGUAGCUGAACUGGAAAAUGAGGAUAAGCCUAUGGUGACUAACGACUCUUCGUCAGUUGUCACACAGUCGGAUGUGAAGUCAGAAGCCGCUCUUAUGGAAGUAGACAAUUCGGCGGCUUCUACUGGCUCAAAUGAUCUGAAAAAGUCGGAUUCCGACGUCAUUGUGAAUGAAGACAAGACAGCUCAGUCCGUCGAAGAUGGAACGGUGAAUGAUUCCUCCUCAUCUGCCAGUCCGAAAAACACACAAAGUGUAGGGAAAGCCGAAGCACUACCCAAUACAGCUGAGGAAAACUUUACUCAGGACCUAACCACAGGGUCUACUCUACCAAAGACUUCAGCAGAGGCUGUGUGCCCUCCACCCAGUGUGUCUGUAAAUGCACCCUGUGAGGAUAUUCUAAAACUGAACCAAAUGGGUGAACUUGUUCCGAGCGAAUGGACAGUCAAAUAUGCAACGAACCUGGCAACUGCUUGGCCCAAGGAUCGAACUUUGCAGCAUAGGUUGGAACUGGUCUGUCAGGCAAUUGAGAAAAACGAGUGGCCAUAUCCACGCCGUUACUUUCCUACCCCAAGUGCUGCUUCUCUACCCAUCCCGGAACCAAAUCGUGCACUGAACGAGACAAAGAUAUUGAAUUUGUCCGCCAGUUACGCCUCUAUUCGACCUCCUUUGGCUACUGCAUCGUCAUUUCCAAUCCCAUUAUCGCUUCCUGGAAAACUGCAGUCCACCUACGGUUUACUGCAAGCCGGUGGAAUACAUCUUCCCAAUGUCCCGCGCCCACUCCCGGUGGAUUCCCCAAAGUCAUUGGGAUCUUUCGCCGGGACUUUCAUCAGGAGCCCACCUGCCGUGGCUGAAGACUCAACAACCAUCACUUCAGAUACUUCUCUUGAUGAUUCUGAAUGUUUGGAUUCAUUACGGCCACUCAAUUUGGCUAAAUCUUCCGGCCCCAAAUUCAACCAGGCUUCGUCAUCGUCCUCAGUCAGCGUGUCGAAUUUAACGGGCUGUGUUGAUGAAUUCAGACGACAGCGAUCACAGGCCACUUAUGGUUCAAUCAACUCCCCUAUAUCUUCCUCCUUGGUUCCAACGAAUUCCACUAUCGUGCCUACUACUCGAGGUCGAGGACGUGGUCGUGGCCGUGGUAGCCGUGGCACUCGUUCUCUGGGAGCCCGUGAACGAUUGCAUUCAGCUUCAAAGUAUGACACAGAGCUGAGGGCCUCUUCCGACCAAUCCUUAUCAGAUUUCGAGCGUCCAACUCGAACUGCUGGCACUGACGAUCAGUCUAGGCCGGAUGAUGAUUCCUUGACACAGAGUUCUGGUGAACACUUCUUGUCUGACCGCUCAUCCACGCAGUCAAUGCCGCCGCCUAAUUCGGCACCUAGAGGUGGACCCGGAAGUCGUGGCCGUAAACGAAAACUGGAGUCUCCUCGGAGUUCUUUGGACUUCUCCAACACCCCUGGUCAUAAGUCAACUAGCGUGCAUGCGAAGCGGGAACGUAUCGAUUCUUUCGGAUCCGGUCUCUCCGGUAGAGGGUCAAAGUCGUCAGCACGUACAGCCUCGGCAACGACCUCAAGUUCAGACGUAUGGGAUGUUCGGGUUCCUGUGAUUAGCCUCGUUGACGGAUCUCUGAUCUACGGUGACAAAGCACCGAAACGAAGAGCCCUGGAGGCUUGGUUGGAAAUGAAUCCCAACUAUAUGCCGUACUCCGUUGAGAUGGAGGAUCGUAUAAUCUACAACCGCGUGGCUGGUGCGAGGGGUCAAGACACAAGCAACAUGGAAGCUUUGGCCUACAAGCACUAUCUGAAUAGCUUGAUAGCGAACGCCGCUGCUGGUCUUCACUCUGCGACUACUUCUCCCUUCGUCGCUUCCAAAGGCAGCAGCGCUCCCGCUCAACAGCUGUUACAGUUGCAGCAACAACAACAGCUCCUGCAAGCAUUUGGGGCGUAUGCCCGUCAUCCUGCGUAUGCUAGCAUUCUCGCCUCAGCUCUAAGUGGCUGGCAGACGGCGAAUCUCCCAGGUAUCCCAACGUUUUCCGACAACGUCUCAGAAGCAUCAGACACGACAGCAAUAUCAUCUAGCCGGGUAUCUUCUGCCUCUUCAACUUCGGUGUCUACAAGAACACGGGCCGCAGCUGCAAAAACUCAGGAUUCCCCUGCUGGUCGUCGAGAUAAGUCACCUUCCUCCGAAACUUCUACCCACGCUGCCUCCACGUCCGGUUCUUGUAGUCAGCCGGCAUCUCCACCCGAAUCUGGAGCACCGAUUUCUAGCGUCUCUUCCGGUGGCAUGGACUCAGUUCUCUCCGCAGCUUAUAAGCAGGCAACCGCUAACUUAGCUUACAUGUGCAACCCUUUAGCAGCAGCUGCAACCUACAGUCAACUAAUGCUCUCCUCUGCAGGCUCAUCAAUGGCUUCAGACCGGGACAGUACUGGUUCCUCUAACAGCACUGCAAAUUUGUCAGGGCAACAAGCUGCACUCGCAUCCUUGUACGCGACAUACAUGUUGUCUGUUCAGCAGCAGCAACAACAGCAAAUUAAGCAGUCGAUUACGUGGGAUGCGCAACGCCAACAACAACAACAACUAGCCUCUUUGGCUACUGUUUUAUCUGCGGCCUGUGCCGGUACAGGGGGUCUAGAUCCCUCUAGUCUGAUGUCGGUGUUCGGUGCAAUGGGAAGUAGAUCAACUUCUUCCUCGUCUGCUCAAGCCUCUUCCACCACCACCACCACCACCACCCACAGUGCCAUCACCAAUCCAGUCCGUUCGGAAAGUGUAGAACUGUCCUACCAGACUCCACCCACAUCUUCCCCUCACACAUCUCUCGCCCAGUCGUCAGACACCACUGCCGCCAUGAAUCUCGCCACAUCUACUUGUGCCCCUGAACAUGCCGCACCCAACUCUCCAGACCCACCCCAUGACCGAAAAGACUCUGGAAACUCAGCCCAUUCCGAGGAUAGUGACCAAACCCAGUCCGUAUUGGAUCUCAGUACGUAAUUACUCGUAUUUCUGUAUCCGGCAGUAUGCCGCUUCCAUCCUAGCCCUUCCUCUCAUCAAGGAGGCAUGGUCUAGCUAUUGAUCUCAUUCGUAAUCGUUUUAUAAACGCCUUCCUUUCCAACGAAUCCUCCCUCUUUGUUCAAACUAUGUCUUAUCGUGAUCACUUUUAGUAUCCAUUCUAUCCCAUUGUUCUCAACGGUAUCCCACUCGUCACUGUUCACUAGCCACCUUCGGGUGUCAUCCAUCUAUCUAUCUACCCAUAUUUUCGUCAACCAUUACCUCCACUUGCAGGAACGUUUUCAAAAGUACCUUCCCUCCACUGUCGUCUAUGCCACCGAUUUCGUUGAGGGCCUUUCUGAUGCGUCCGUUUGUUUACAGCUUUUUCUCCCGUGGUGGUUUUCUUAGUCUCGGAUCCUUUUCUCUGUGAAACCAAAAAGCCAACAAUCAUCUCUAUGUUUCUGGUGUAACCAAUACCAGCACUGCUACCAAAUCGUUUCUGACUGUUGUCGUACGUAUAGUCAUAAUGGUGCUGGUUAUUGCUUCCUACACAAACCCAUCCGUCUGGUCCGCGCUUAUUUGUGGACAACAUCGUCGAUGUUUGUUUUGGCCUAGUUGUUCAAUUAUUCUUCGCUUUUUCUUGACUUGUACCUAUCCCAAUGCGAUUUGUUAUUCGGGCCGGUCAGAGACUGUGUAAGAAGAUCUGGACUGCGAUUUGUUUAUAUAAAAAUUACAUGUGUACACAUUAUACCACCUCGAAUACGGACAAUUCAGCUGGACCGGAGCCCGGCCUCUAAACAGGCGCUGUGUGCAUUUUUCGUAUAUACAUUUACACAUAUAUGCGUACAUUUUACUGCUCCAUUACUAGGCAUUAAAUGAUAAAUAUAUGAA